GGAAUCCAUUUCUCCACCCCACUACCACUGAAGAAGAAAAGCUAAAGAGGGAUGUCUAGGGCGGUGUCUAUCUAAUCACCUCUUGUGUCCACAAUUCCUUCGCAUCCCUAGGUGUUCAACGACGUCUGAAUCAUCGGCAAGCUUUGGGCUUCAUCAAUGAAAUUAGAAUCAUCCGUCGCCGCCGACAGCUCCACUACCAUCUCCGCGCCGUCGCAAUCACUGCAAUCUCCUCCGUUGAAAGUCGCGAUUUUGGCUGACCUCAAUGUUGAACCUCCCGAGGCCGACAACCAUGAUUGCCUUCCUACCGCCCUCUCUACACUACCGCCCGACACAACACCGAGGUCCCCUUUGUUCUCAUUUACUACAUCAUAAAUUGGGCGCACUGUAAUUCGGAAGCAACGCGGAAAUAGAACAUCAAUAAACCGAAAUACAAUGAAGAGAUAGUCACUGAUGAUAGGAGUCAGCAUAAGACGAGCAAUUAUGUUGAAGUAAUGGAUGUAGAAGGUAAGCAAAAAAAGUCUGGGAAAUGUCGGUCAAGAAAUGGUAAGGCGGACAGCCCUCUUGAUUGUAAUGGAGCGGAGAUAGAUGCUGAGCAGAACAGUCAAGGAACUUCAUCACGUGAAGAAAAAGUUAGCAGCCUUAAAAAUGGAUUGAUACAUGUUGUGCGGAAAAUGCCUAAGAAUGCUCAUGCUCAUUUUAUACUUGGCUUAAUGUAUCAAAGGAUGGGUCAGCCUCAAAAGGCAUGUUUAGAAUAUGAGAAAGCAGCAGAUAUUUUAGUUCGACCUGAAGAAGUAGUAGACAGACCGGAGUUACUUUGUUUGAUCCAUACACAUCAUGCAGAGUGUAUCUUGCUAGGAACAUUAGAUGAUUGCAGUUCAGGCAAGGAAUUAGAUCCUGUAGAACUGGAGGAGAUUCUUUGUAAACUGAAAGUCUCAAUGCAAGCUGAUGUUAGACAGGCGUCAAUUUGGAACAUUCUUGGCUUAAAACUUUUACGAACUGGUCGUUUGCAGAGUGCUAUAGCGGUUCUCUCCAAUUUAUUAGCAAUGGCGCCUAACAACUUGGAUUGCCUUGGAAAUCUUGGACUCACUUAUCUUCAAAGGUUAGGCAUACACUACUUUUUCAGUUAGGGCAGGGGCAGGGAUGGAGAAGUAAAAAAUACCAUAUUGUUCGCAUAUUAAAGUCGUGUUUGUGUAAACUAUAAAAAGUGGUAACUAUAUAUUUUCACUAAUGGCAUAAUUGAUGAUGCUAUGAAUGGACUUGAGAUCAUUUAGUUGCAAUAAUAUGAUGGAGUGAAAAUUUCUUUUACUAGAGCAUGGACUCAUAGAGUAGUGAGUAGUGACGUGAUAGAGCGAUCACUAAAAUGGUGUGAAGAAAAAAUUGUCUAUUAACCAAAUCUACACGACUGUGGGAAUAUGAGAUUGGAAAAGAGCAGUUAGUGAAUUGGUGCCACUAAAUUUUGAAAAGGGACAAACAGACCUAAAACUAUAUUGCCGGCAUUACACUUGCAGCGACUCUUGGAUUGCAUUGCAGUUCCUAUAGCAGGUUCAAUGAAAUGAUUAAAAUCUGUUAUGCAAUAGCAUUAUAGCGGUGUUAUUUCCACAAUUUGACGGCACUGGUGUUCAAGUUUAUGGUCUGUAUCAAGCUUGGAAGAUGUGAUGCCUCUGCUCGAGAGAGUAGUUAAACACUCACGUUUCACCAUUAGGUCUAGGCCUGAUACAUAUUAAUAUGAACAUUACCUCUUACUUCCAGAAGGGGAUAAGUAUAAAGUUUAUCAUCAUCAUCUAUACUAAUAUAAAAAGGGAAACCAAGGCAAUAACCAUUCCCACCAUAAGGUUGCAACCGUUCAUUAAUUAACGGUUCUGCCGAAAUGAUGCAACACAUACUUUCUAAAUCGGUCAUUUAAGUAAAUGUUGGGAAUUAACCGGUGCUUCGUGAUUUAUAUAUAGGCUUGGUAAAUGUUGGGAAUUAUUAGUCUAUCACGUACUUUCAAAAUCGGUUGGGAAUUACGGUUUUACACUUUUAUUCCUUUAAAACAAUUAUUUGUUCAGGCCAUGCAUGAUUGUUUUGGAUACUUUUACAAUCACGUUGGCACUUGUAUGAUUUCAUCCGUUUAUCAAUGAGUGAAUAAUUCUACCAUAUGUGGGUGGGGGUUUGAAAGAUUUGAUUGUCCAUGAGAAGUAAUAGAAGUACCAUGCAAAAAAAGAUAUCAAAGGUAGUUUGAGAUAGAUGUAUGUAUCUUCAUAAAUUUACAGAAUUACAGGUACACACUUAAUUUUCAUGGGGUGUUGAAGAUGAACGGUAGAGCUCGCUUCCACGAAGAUAUGUAUUAGUUCUACCGAAGAGUGGAAUUAACGUUCAUGACUCUACCGUUUAUUAACGCCUCUUCACAGAUAUUUUCGAACAUGGCUACAUUUUUUUUUUAAAAUGUGCAACUAAAGUUACUGUAGCAAGUACUCCGUAUUACAGUAUCACGGAGUAUAUAUUAAAAUUAGUUCUUUAUGUAUUACAGUAUUACAACUCAUUGAUACAGAUACUAAAGUUGCUUUUGUAUAGAUUUUGUGGAUGCUUUUGUGUAAAUUCGACCCUUACAAUAAUUAUAACCUGCAGGGGCGUACCUAGGAGUGCCAACUUAGGCUCUCACUAAAUUUUAAUUUUGUUUAAAUUAUUAGUGUAAAAGGGUAUGUGUAAAAAGAUUUAAAAAAAACUCUUUUGUCGAUCCAAGUCAAUAUAUUCCCUAUGUUCCUAUUCAAAAGUCUCUCUUUCACAUUACACACAAUAUAAUAAAAUGGUAAUGUUUGACACUGUUUGUUAAAUGUCCCACACCGGAAACAUUUGGAUGAACAAAGUGCUAUAUUAACACACGGGCUACUCCUCCUAUCAGGUUGACCUUUUAGGAUGGAACCCCGAGUCUUAACAUGGUAUCAGAGCCAAAUCGAUCCAUGGUGUGGGGCCCCUUAUGAAUCGUGAUGACACGAUUAUUAAAAAAAUGACAAUUACGGCCGGAUGAAAAAAACGGACCGAUGAAAAAAAAUGAAUGAUUGCACGAUCCAGACGAAGUGUCUGAUCGUGAGGAGGGGUGUUAAAUGUCCCACACCGGAAACAUUUGGAUGAACAAAGUGCUAUAUUAACACACGGGCUACUCCUCCUAUCAGGUUGACCUUUUAGGAUGGAACCCCGAGUCUUAACACUGUUUGAUACGUAGUACUUUUUAACAUUGUUUUACACUGAUUUGCACCGUUUUGUUUACUAAAUAAGAAAAGAAGACUUUUAUAAGGACGGACCGAAAAGGAAAGUGGAAUGUUUAUUUAGAAACUGGGAUAGUAUUGCUUUGGUUACACCACUGAUUAUAACUAUCAUGUGCUGGGUUGCAAAAAAAAACUAUCAUGUGCUGUUUUAUCUUUUAAUGUAGUCCGUAUGAUUUUUAUACUCCAUACGUAAUAAGGAGUAUUUCUUCACAUCAACUCAUAUGUAAGACACCUGAUCAUUGGAUCUUUUAUUCCUAAUAGUCAUUCAAAAUAAGCAUAUCUUUAUAACUACAUACUUCCAAUGCAAAUAAUUAGUUAAAACAUACAAAUCCCUGAUUUCACAAAACUUGGUCAAUUCAUUUUUUAUCUGUCCCUAAAAAUACAUUUUUGAAGUAGUCUUUCGAUCUCUUACAUGCAUAAAUCUCAUAUCACGCAAUUUUUUUUAUCAAUAUGCAUGUCAACCAAAUUUGGUCAAAUUUUAUGGACUGGGAGGGGUAUUAUUGUCCCGUGCAACGCACGGGUACGAUACUAGUUAUAUUUAGAAAGGUCUUCUUAUUCAACUGUUGGUCUUGAAAUAAGGUGGCAACCAUUCAUAGGCGCAGUGUACAACUGUUGGGGAUUUAGAUCUUUCAGAGAAAUGCUUCCAAGAUUUAGUAAUGAAAGAUCCAAACCAUCCUGGUGCUUUGGUCAACUUUGCUGCCCUUAUGCUGUGUAAAUAUGGUUCAGUUGUUGCAGGUGCUGGAGCAAAUGCCAAUAGUGUGGCUCUCUCUGAUCAAAUUGCAGCAGUCAACGUUGCCAAGGAGUGUUUGCUAGCAGCUAUCGAUGCAGAUCCCAAAGCAGCUCAUAUAUGGACAAAUCUUGCUAAUGCAUUUUAUUUGACCAGUGAUCACAGAAGUUCAGACAGAUGUUUGGAGAAGGCAGGAAUACUGGAACCUAAUUGUUUAGCCACACGAUUCGCCAUUGGAGUUCACAGAAUCAGGGAUGCUGAGAGGUCUCAGAAUCCUAAUGAGCAAUUAUCUUGGGCUGGAAAUGAAAUGGCUUCAAUAAUUAGAGAAGGCGAUUCUAGCUUGACAGAGUCUCCAGUUGCAUGGGCUGGUCUUGCAAUGGUUCAUAAAGCUCAACAUGAAAUUGCUGCUGGAUUUGAAAUGGAUCAUAAUGAAUUGUCAGAAGUGAAAGAACGCGCCAUUUAUAGUUUAAAGCAGGCUGUUGCAGAAGAUCCUGAAGAUGCCAUUCAUUGGCACCAACUUGGCCUUCAUUUUCUCUGUACCCAGCAGUUUAAAAUGUCACAGAAGUACCUCAAGACUGCAGCUGCAUGCCUUAGGAGCUGCUAUGCCUGGUCAAAUCUUGGUAUCUCAUUGCAACUAUCAGCUGAGCCUUCAUGUGCUGAAGAUGUAUAUAAACAAGCUUUGUUAGUGGCUACCCCUCAACAAGCUCAUACAAUAUUUUCCAACCUGGGUAAUCUCUAUCGUCAGCUAAGAGAUUUUGAGUCUGCCAAGGCAAUGAUAACAAAGUCUCUUGAACUGCAACCCGGUUAUGCACCUGCAUAUAACAACUUAGGUCUUGUUUUUGUUGCUGAGGGCAAGUGGGAUGAUGCAAAGUUCUGCUUCGACCAGGCAAUCCUGCAUGAUCCACUACUGGAUUCAGCUAAGUCCAACAUGAUUAAAGCCAUGAACAUGCAGAGGAUGUACACCAGCAUGUCCUCGUAUCUAUGAUUUGUAAAUUGUGUUAGACUUGAAAAAUAAUAUUUGCCGUAUUUGCCGUGUUGUACGUAAAAUAGGAGUCAGGUGAAGUACAUUGGUUUCUUGCACAUAUAGAUCGGUUCCUGUAAUCUUGUACCGGAACUGGGGAGUAAAGUGCAUGAUCUGGAACCAUUACUUAGAAUUCGUUCAAGCUGAAUAGAAUCCAGGUUUUCAUGUGUUCAUAGCCGGGAGUCCGGGACUGGUCAGCAGCUGGCCUGGGUUCCCAUCUAGGGAUGGACCGUGAUGGGACCGAGCCGGGACUGGGCGGGCUUCGGGCUUAAAGAUUUCAGGACUGGUACCGGCCCAGGUUUGUAAUGGGACCGGGUCGGGACGGGCUCAAACAGUACCGGGUCGGGUUGGGCAUUGGGACGGGGCUGGGCAUUCAAUUAAAAAAUCAGUGCAGUCAGGCCCGGACCGAGCCCAAAAAAUCAAGCCCGAAGCCUUCCCUUACAGUCACCGGGCUGGGCCUAAGGCCGGUCCUAAACAAUAUCGGGUCGGGCUGAGCCAUCCCAGUCCAUCCCUAUUCCCAUCCCAUUUGGAUAUUUUUUAGGCUUUCAAGGGCUAAUUAUGUAAGUGUAACAUGAUUGAUACAUCAUGUAUGGAGUAUAUUAUAUUUAUCCUCAUUUCAGUACAUUAUUUAUUAAAAUUGCA